UACUAAACUAACAGUUGUUAGGCCAGCCAUGCGAGACAAUGAGACCUGGACGCAUGAACCUGAGUUUGAUCUUUCCUUGUUUGUUCGUAUCUUCUGUCCUGAGGGAUUACAGCAGUCUGACCUCAAAUGUUCCUUGACAUGUAAUGGAAAUGUGUUCAAGACCCCAGUACUAGACCAGCCAGAUGAUGAGACUAGUGAAAUAAAUCAAGGACUUGACAGACCCCAGGCAGCCCGAAAAUCAAAGGAUAGAUCACAACACAGUGGUAGGUUCUGUGAACUUGAAAUCCAGUUUCCAGAUGAAAUCAGAGAAGGUGUAUCACUGCUGGGUAGGAAACCUCUGUCUGACUCUGAGACUUUGAACAUAGCAGUGCACCAGGGCCAGUAUGAAGAGAUCAUUGCCAUUGCCAGCAUCAAUUUGAAAGACAUUAAACAAAUGAGUUUAGAGACAGUUUAUCUACCUCCUGCACAUGAAGAUCUUGAUGUACCAGCCCUACAUUCAAGAAACAGCUCCUUCAGCCUUGGCUCCAGCUGGGACGGGGACUCUCUUGCCGACUCAAUUGACAUUCCAGGAUUAGAAGAUGAUGUACCAGUUACCGUAACAGCUACAUCUUCUCAUGUAAAACUGAUGGCCAGCAGUGAGCCCCGGCUUCAGGGCGAUGUACAGAUGCCUUGUGGGAGUCUGCCUCUGCUGAUGUUUUGGGGGAAGCGACCUCGACCCUUGGUACCACAACAAACAGUGUGGUGGGUUUGCACUUGCAGCGUGAAUGACCUUGUCUAUGGCUUGACAGGGAUUGAUUUGACCACAACAUCUGGUGAAGAUCGUCACAAAAAAAUGGUAGAUGAAGCCAUCUCAGUUUGCAGUUUGCACUCAGAAGCUGAAGAG